AUGCAGACCAAACACUUCUUCAGCGACCCGAAUCACCUGGUUCUCACGGCUCUGCAUUCUCUGACACUCACAAACCCUUCGCUCGCUUUUGAUCCGGAGCAGAAAGUCGUCUUCCGCCGUCCAGAUCCCUCGCGCAAGCCCAAAGUAGCCAUCAUCUCUGGCGGUGGUUCAGGGCAUGAACCUGCCUUUGCGGGCUAUGUCGGCCAUGGUCUCCUAGACGCUUCGGCAGCGGGCACCAUCUUCGCCUCCCCAUCAGCGGAACAGAUUCGCCAUGCUGCCAUGAACUGCGUGGAUAAUGAAAAGGGCGUGCUCAUCAUCCCCAUGAACUAUACCGGCGAUGUGCUCAACUUCGGCAUGGGCACCGAGAAGGCGCGGGCUGCGGGUAUCAAGACCGAAUUCUUUGCCAUCAACGAUGACGCUGGCGUCGGCAAGAAGAAGGGUGGCAAGGUCGGCCGUCGCGGUAUUGGUGGCGGCAUUCUCGUCUUGAAGAUUGUCGGUGCUUUAGCAGAGGCUGGUGGCUCCCUCGAAGAGGUCUACCAUAUCGCUCGAUUUGCUAAUGAUCACCUUGCCUCCGUGGGUUCAUCCCUCGAGCACGUCCACAUCCCAGGAAGAGCCGUUCCAGAGGACACCAUUCCCGAUGGUCAAGUGGAGGUCGGCAUGGGUAUCCACAACGAACCCGGAUCGCAUCGCAUGAAGUUUGACCUGCCAGACGUCGUGAAGACGAUGCUCUUGCAGAUCCUGGACCACAAUGAUCCCGAUCGCGCGUAUCUUACCCGUCAUCCUGAGGAUGAGUUCGUGCUCCUCAUCAACAAUCUGGGUGGUGUCAGCACCCUCGAGCUGUCCGGUAUCACUGACGAAGUGUACCACCAGCUGGAGAAAGACUUUGACAUCAAGCCCGUGCGGGUCAUCCAGGGCACUUUCCUGACCAGUCUCAACGGACUGGGAUUCAGCAUCUCGCUUCUCAAGCUUGCAGACACGGGGCUGGGCCCCGGCAAGUCCCUGCUGGAGCUCCUUGACGCCCCUGCCGAGGCAGUUGGAUGGUCUGCCCCCAUUCGCCCCGCGACAUGGAAUGCACGCCAUUCCGAUGCGCCGCUCAAGGUCAAGAGCGUCAAGCCCGCUGAGGAGCAACCCAGCAACCUCAAGCUCAACCCCGCUGCUCUCAAGAAAGUCCUGGGAUCAGGGCUCAAGCGAGUCAUCGCCGCCGAGCCCCUCGUCACCCGCUACGACACCAUCGUCGGCGACGGCGACUGCGGCGUGGGCAUGAAGCGCGGCGCCGAAGCCGUGCUCUCCCUCCUCGAGGAUCCCUCCUCGAACAUCACCGACGACGCCGUCACCGCCGUAAACCGCAUCAUCACCGUCGUGGAAAACACCAUGGACGGCACAUCCGGCGCCAUCUACGCCAUCUUCCUAAACGCCCUCGCCCACGGCCUGCGCGCACAGGACCGUGGCUCCGCCGCCCCCGCUACAACAGACAUUUGGGCUGCCGCCCUCAAGCACGCCGUCACCGCGCUCGCCAAGUACACCCCCGCGCAGCCGGGCGACCGCACCAUGAUCGAUGCCCUGGUCCCCUUCUGCAACACCCUCCUCGAGACCAAGGACGUCCAUGCCGCUGCCAAGGCCGCCCAGGACGGCACCGAGGCUACCAAGAGCAUGAAGGCGAGCCUGGGGCGCGCUGUGUACGUGGGCGGCGAGGAAGAAUGGGUCGGCAAAAUCCCCGAUCCUGGUGCGUAUGGCCUGAGUGAGUUCUUGAAUGGACUUGCGGAGGCUAUGUGA